GCGGUGCGUGGCAGGAAGCGGAAGGAGGCCGGGAAGGCUCAAGUAACUGACGUGUCUCUCCGAGAAAGGAGCCUGGAGUGUGCGCUCCUGCUUGGUCCUUCCCUUUUCCGCGUCGAGAGCGCCCAAGAUGGGGAUUAAAUUUCUUGAAGUAAUCAAGCCCUUCUGUGUUAUCUUACCUGAGAUUCAAAAGCCAGAAAGAAAGAUCCAGUUUAAAGAAAAAGUACUAUGGACAGCUAUCACCCUCUUCAUAUUUUUGGUUUGUUGCCAGAUUCCCCUGUUUGGUAUUAUGUCAUCAGACUCAGCAGAUCCAUUUUAUUGGAUGAGAGUAAUUUUGGCUUCAAACAGAGGCACACUGAUGGAGCUGGGCAUUUCUCCCAUUGUCACCUCUGGUCUCAUCAUGCAGUUGCUGGCUGGUGCCAAAAUAAUUGAAGUUGGGGAUACGCCAAAAGACAGAGCUCUGUUCAAUGGGGCACAGAAAUUGUUCGGCAUGAUUAUCACCAUUGGCCAAUCUAUCGUUUAUGUAAUGACGGGGAUGUAUGGAGACCCAUCAGAGAUGGGAGCUGGAAUCUGUCUGCUGAUUACCAUUCAGCUUUUUGUGGCUGGAUUGAUCGUUCUUCUCUUGGAUGAACUUCUGCAAAAGGGGUAUGGUCUUGGUUCUGGCAUUUCCCUCUUCAUUGCCACUAACAUCUGUGAGACUAUUGUCUGGAAGGCAUUCAGCCCAACCACAGUAAACACCGGCCGAGGCAUGGAAUUUGAAGGAGCCAUCAUUGCCCUGUUCCAUCUCCUGGCUACUCGCACAGAUAAAGUCAGAGCUCUAAGGGAAGCCUUUUACCGUCAGAACCUCCCCAACCUUAUGAACCUGAUUGCCACCAUAUUCGUCUUUGCUGUUGUCAUCUACUUCCAGGGUUUCAGAGUGGAUCUCCCUAUAAAAUCUGCCCGCUACCGUGGCCAGUAUAACACUUACCCAAUCAAACUCUUCUACACCUCCAAUAUUCCCAUCAUCCUUCAGUCUGCACUGGUGUCCAAUUUAUAUGUGAUCUCCCAGAUGCUCUCCGCUCGUUUCAGUGGCAACUUACUGGUCAGCCUGCUGGGCACUUGGUCUGAUACUUCAUCUGGUGGUCCUGCCCGUUCAUACCCCGUCGGUGGUCUCUGUUAUUACCUGUCGCCUCCGGAGUCAUUUACUUCCGUUCUGGAAGAUCCUGUCCAUGCAGUUGUUUACAUUGUGUUCAUGUUGGGUUCCUGUGCUUUCUUUUCUAAAACUUGGAUUGAAGUGUCUGGCUCUUCUGCCAAAGAUGUUGCUAAACAACUGAAAGAGCAGCAGAUGGUUAUGAGGGGUCAUAGAGAAACCUCUAUGGUUCAUGAACUCAACAGGUACAUUCCUACAGCAGCUGCAUUUGGUGGCCUCUGCAUUGGUGCUCUCUCUGUGCUGGCAGACUUCCUUGGGGCAAUUGGAUCAGGCACAGGAAUCUUGUUAGCUGUUACUAUCAUUUACCAAUACUUUGAAAUCUUUGUAAAGGAGCAAAGCGAAGUUGGCAGCAUGGGAGCGCUUCUCUUCUAAAUGCAUUGUCCCAUGGACCCUAGGGGAGUAUGAAGAGUGUUCUAGGAUUUAAAAAAAAAAUCAGGUGAAAAAGAUUAACAGCGGCAUAGUAACAUGGGCACACUGCAUUAAUAGGAACACUUAUUUUAAUGUUUUCCAAAGCACAUUCCUUUGGUUCAGACUUUGUUAAUAUUCAGUUAAUGUUUUAUAAAUUGCUGGAAAAUGUGCAAAAAAAAA